GAACGUGACAAGCAGUACUUAACAAAAGCAAUUGUGUCGGAACUGGUACAAGCACUGAAGUUUAAGUGCGAUAUGAAUGAGCACAAUUAUAUGACGAUAGUGGAUUUGAUACUGCAGGAUGCUGGAGAGAACGUUUCCGAGGAAAUUGCUGAUGACCAGGUGCGCGCUCAGUACAAUACGGCAGCGUGCGAUGCUGUGCGACCACAUCUUUUCGAUAUCAUCGAAUUCAUAUCGGACUUGCACGUGCUUACCAAAGUCAAGAAAAUCACCAAUUUGGACAACAUCGGCGGUGACAUCAAAUCAUCGUUAUCGCAGGUGGUUGCUGUUGAAAUGAGCAGAUCAAGCCUACGCGAUUCGCGUACAGUGAGUCGCUUUCUGCCAUGGCUAAUGUCGCCGCCAUCAGUGACGCAAUCCACUCCAAGUGCAUUUGCUGAAGCAGUAACGAACGUGCGGCUACUUUCCUGGCUGCUUUUGGGAGCUCUCCAAGCCGUUCAGCCGUGCCUGCCAGUCCCGAUCAGUUGUUCACAAUAUAUGGCCGAUUACAUACAUUUCGUGCUGGCCGGCUUUGCUGACCAAUCCAAGCAGUCAGUUGUGCACAUGUCGGCGCUUUUCCAUGCUUUCCACCUGUGCCAGCUGUGGACCGUCUACUGUGAGCAGGCUGCGAUGACUGCAAAUGAGCUUCAGCAAAGCUCUUUCGCCAAUAUUCUGGAUUUUUGGGCUCGCGUGACACCAGCCAUACUACAGCUCCUCUCACAUUCUAAAGUGCUCGCCGAUAUGGUCAAUCUGCAUUUCCUGAACACGAUGCAAGCACUGCAGCAGUGUAAUUCGGCAGUCCUCUGCCAGCUCAGUGCCAUGUGGCAACCAAUUCUGACUGCUUACCAUGCUCAGAUCCCGAGCCAACUGCGGAUGAAAUUGGAUUCUUGUGAGAAUCAGCCAUCGCUGCACUCGCAACCGCUACAGCAAUGGCUCAAACGAGUACGCUACAAGAUCUCGCAAAUCGAACUGCAAACUUCUGCCGCUUCACCCUUCUAUAAUGUUUAG